AUGGAUGUUAAUAAACCAGCGCCGUCACUCUCUCAAGAGAAUGAGAGAUUCCUGCAAAAACCUCUUGCCAUCGUCGGGCUUGCCUGUCGCCUGCCCGGCCACAGCACAACCCCUAAGAAGCUGUGGGACUUCUUGGAACGCGGCGGCGUAGCUAAUAACGAUGUGCCCAAAACUCGCUUCAACCUGAAAGGCCACUAUAACGGAUCUACCAAGCCAAAGACCAUGCGGUCACCAGGUGGCAUGUUCAUAGAGGACAUUGAUCCGCGGGACUUUGACGCUUCCUUCUUUGGUGUUUCGGGUAGCGAUGCCACAGCUAUGGAUCCUCAACAGCGGCAACUGCUGGAGGUUGUGUACGAAUGCAUAGAGAACGCCGGUGUUCCCAUCGAGAACCUGAGCGGAGCCAAGAUCGGUUGCUAUGUAGGGUCCUACGCCGUGGACUACGCCGACAUGCAAGCUCGCAAUCCUGAAGACCGAGUGCCUGAUACGGUGAUCGGAAUAGGGCGCGCCAUGCUGAGCAACCGGAUAAGCCAUGCCUUCAACUUCAAAGGGCCAAGCAUGACGAUAGACACGGCUUGCUCAGGUAGUCUGGUGGGACUGGAUGUCGCUGCACGCUACUUGCACACAGGGGAGGCAGACGGUGUGAUUUGCGCUGGCGCGAACAUCUAUCUCAAUCCGGAGCACAGUAUCGACGUAGGCGCUAUGAAGGCCGCCGGUACUCUGACUGGUCAGUGUCACACUUUUGACGUCAAGGCAGAUGGAUACGUCAAGGCCGAAGCAAUCAACGCCAUCUAUGUGAAGCGGCUGGAGGAUGCGGUCCGUGAUGGUGACCCAAUCCGAGCAGUUCUCAGAGGUAUUGCUUCGAACAGUGAUGGCCGCACACCGGGGAUAGCUAGUCCUAGCGACGAGGCUCAAGCGGAAGCCAUCCGCUGUGCCUAUGCCAACGCCGGCAUCACGAACUUCAAUGAUACGACCUAUCUGGAAUUCCACGGAACGGGCACCCAAGCUGGCGAUCCCCAGGAAGUGAAGGGUGUGGCUUCUGUCUUCUCAGCUUCGAGAUUACCAGAGAAACCUCUGAUCAUCGGGUCUAUCAAGAGCAACCUUGGACACUCGGAACCAGCGGCUGGUAUUUCGGGAGUCCUCAAGGCGGUUCUGGCCAUCGAACACGGCGUCAUUCCUGGGAAUCCCACCUUCAUUACCCCCAACCCGAAGAUCGACUUUGAAGGAUGCCGUGUCCGCGCGAUCCGACACAAGAUCCCCUGGCCGCCGGCUCCCUUUAAACGCGCCAGUGUUAACUCCUUCGGCUAUGGGGGUUCCAAUGUCCACGUCAUCCUGGAAGAACCUAAAGUCUUGCUACCGGGCUGGGCAGAUAGGCACUGCUCCUCAUAUGCAGAGGGCGCCAGUCUUUUUGACGACGACGAAGAAGAGGAAGGGUUAAGUAGUCCCCUCAAUCAUGGGCAGAGACCACUCCUCUAUACAUUCUCCGGCAAUAACGAAACAUCGCUCAAGGCGAAUGUUAAAGCACUGAAGAAUCACUUGACCAAUCCAUCUGUCAAAGUGUCCCUGUCUGAUUUGGCAUAUACCCUGAACUUGCGAAGGUCUCGCCACUUCAACCGCGGAUUCAUAGUCAGCCCAAAGGCCCCUAUGGACGAGCAUGCUCUAACCACAGGCAAGCAGAUGGCCAGUGACGUCAAGAUCGGGUUCAUCUUCACUGGCCAGGGGGCGCAGUGGCCACAGAUGGGCAAGGCCAUCGUCGAGGCCUUCCACCCUCACGCCAGCGAGGUCAUUGCUGAGCUGGACCAGGCUUUGCAGUCCAGCGUGGUGCCGCCAAAGUGGAGUCUGCUGGAGGAAUUGACGGCUCCCAGAGAGGCCAGCCAUCUUCGGCUGCCGGAGUUCUCGCAGCCCCUCGUCACGGCCCUGCAGAUCGUGCUGGUUGAAGUCCUCGCUCGGUGGGGCGUCAAGCCACAGAGUGUCGUGGGCCACUCUUCUGGUGAGAUUGCGGCUGCGUACGCGGCUGGGUUGCUAAGCAAGCAGGAUGCCAUUCGAGCGGCCUACCAUCGAGGACAUGCUGCGGCUGUCGACUCAACCUCCAGCCCAGGACAGGCAGCCAAGAAGUUAGGCAUGAUGGCCAUCGGCAUUGGAGCUACAGAGCUAGGUCCUUACCUGGAUGAGCUGGAAGGUAGGGUGCAGAUCGCCUGCUACAACAGUCCUACCAGCUUGACCUUAUCAGGGACCUUGGAUGGGCUGGAGGAGGUGCGCGUCAAGUUGAUGGAGGAUGGAAAGUUUGCUCGCUUGCUACAGGUUGACCUCGCAUAUCAUUCCACUUUCAUGAAGGCCACCAGCUCAGAAUAUAUGAAACUGCUGAACCAAGAUUUUGCUCAAGAAGGUCCCCUGAAGGUCCCCUCUGACGCUUCUGGAGAAAAGCAUGCUGUUCAAAUGUUCUCCUCUGUCACGGGUAAGCGGAUGGCCAGGGCUGCCGAUGCUGAGUACUGGAGAGACAACAUGACAAACCCCGUCUUGUUCAACCAGGCUCUCGGGCAGAUGAUCACCGCUAAAGAGGGAGCCGCCAACUUUCUGAUUGAGAUUGGUCCCAGUGGAGCCCUUAAGGGCCCCGUCUCUCAAGUACUGAAGGGAGAUGGUGGUCUGGAGAUUCCCCCUGGUAUCCAGUACUGCAGCGCUAUGGCUCGUGGGGAACAGGCCAUCCAAGCCAUAUUCGAGGUCGCCGGGCGUCUCUACAUGGCCGGAGGAAGCAUUGAUCUGGCCCAGGUCAACCACAGAGAUGGGGCAGCGAAGCCCAAGUUUGUGGUGGAUCUCCCUAACUACGCCUGGGACCACUCGACCAAGUACUGGUACGAGAGCGAGUCCAGCAAGGAUUGGAGGAACCGCCUGUUCCUUCACCAUGACCUGCUGGGAAGUAAGGUCAUCGGUAGCCCAUGGCACCACCCCACGUUCGUCAAGUCCCUGAACGCCAAAGACCUGAACUGGCUCAUGGACCACAAGAUGGGGUCUGAUCUGGUAUUCCCUGCCACGGGCUACUUAGCCAUGGCGAUGGAGGCGAUCUAUCAGAAGAUGGAGGCUCUGCAAUUGCUGGAGAGCGGCAGCCCUGGGAUCAAACAGCCCCAAUAUCGGUUCCGCAACGUCGAAUUCAACAAGGCCAUGGUUCUCAACGAGAAUGGCCAGGCCACCAAGAUCCAACUCACCCUGACAGAUGCGCACACUGCCAUCGGGGGCUGGCAUCAGUUCAAAGUGUUUUCGGUGGCAGAGAAUUAUGCCUUGACGGAACACGUCCGCGGGCUAAUUCGCACCGAGGAAGGAGAGGAAGUUAGGGGUGUCGAGGAAGAGCUUCAGCCCCUCGUGCUCCCGGUCAAUGGCAGAGUGUGGCGUAAGUCCAUGAUCGAUAUUGGCUACAACUUCGGCCCUAGCUUCUCAAAGAUUUUGCAAGUAGAGUCUAUACCGGGAGAGCGCGUCAACAGAUCCCUACUGUCUCUUGAACCCCCUACCAGCGAGUUCACACAGUCCACGUACGCCAUGCACCCGACCGCCAUUGAUGCCUGCUUCCAGGCCUGCGCGCCAUCUCUGUGGGCUGGCCAUCGCAACGCCGCCGCGGGGGUGCUCAUCCCCGCCGUAAUUGACAAUUUGACCAUAACCCCUACCCUAGCCACUCGGGGUCUGGCUCGGACGACGUCCAGGUACGUUGGGCACGGACGCCGUGACGACAUCAAGAACUUUGUCUCCGAUGCUGCUGUGUAUGAUUCAGAAACGGGCAUCUCCGUACUCAAAUUAGACGGGCUUCAUUAUCAUAGGAUCGAGACAGGUAAGACUGUGUACGACUCUCACACCUUCACCGCGCUGUCUUGGAAGCCGGACCCCACCUUGAUCACACAGGCCUCACUGGAAACAUUGGUGGAAGAGGCGAAGCAGCAGUGCAGAAGUCAAGAAGAUCGCGGCGAUGCCAGCGUCAGUGUGGCUCAUGGUCUUGUCGCCAUGGCUGCUCAUAAGAAGCCCGUCCAGCGCGUGCUGGAGUUGAACACAGUCCUUGGUGAGCAUGAGUCCAUCUGGGCCAACGCCAUGGCUACGAACGAACACCUAGAGAAACCAUGCCGUCACUUCUACUAUUUGCUUCAAGACCCACAAUCUCUAGUGGAAGCUGGACAGAAGUAUGCCUCAGACAAGACGGAGCUGGCCCUGAUGGAGAACCUAGAUCAUCUGCUUCAAGUCGAAAAGGAGGCCACCCAGUUUGAUUUGGUCAUUGUACGCAUGCCCUCAGAUGCGAAAAAGGUGGGAGAGCUAUGUAAGAAAAUCAGAGAGGUGGCUAGUCAGGCAGCUCAGGUCCUCUUCCUCCUCCAACGAGCGCCCCCCACGAGACCCGAGCAGAAUGGUGUAGCACUCAACGGUGAAGCUGAGCAAUUUGACGCCGGUGUCUAUCUCAAGCAGCUGUCUGACCUAGGGGAGUUCUCUACCGCUGGCCAUAUCAUGUUUGAAGAGGCCACUGACCUACAGGUGGCUGUCUACCGUCUGUCCUCCAAGCCUGGGCCCAGCGCUGUAAAAGUUCUAGAUGCUCUCCGAGAUAAUGGCUGGAUCCUAAGUCACUACGGCGAGAACGACAGCCAGUCUGUCGACCGCGUUCUAGUGCUGGAUGAGCUCGAUACCUCUCUCAUGACUGCGGAUGCCAUGACUGUAGAUCGCUGGAACUCAUGCAAAGACCUCCUAGCCAGUGGCAAGCGGGUUCUCUGGGUGACUUCUGGGUCGCAGAUGGAAGUCUCCGAGCCAGAUAGGUCUAUGAUCCACGGUCUAGCGAGGACGGCCAGGGCUGAAGAUCCGAGCCUCAGCCUGACUACACUCGAUGUGACGGGAGAAGACCACAACAUCACAGCGAGGGCCAUCCAGUCUCUCCUUCAACACAUCGGCUGCUGCUGCCAGCCCCCUAACGCCACCUCUCACGUAGAUAGCGAGUUUGUGGAACGGCGAGGGCUACUUCACAUCAGCAGAGUCCUUCCAGACGAUCAAGUCAACAAAGUGUCGGAUGAUGCUCGACCAGGUGCUGCUCAGCCCAUCAGCCAGUCCUUUAACAACACUGAGUCCACCAUCCAGCUUCACUGCGAGCGAGUGGGCACCAUCACGUCAUUGAUGUGGACCGAGGUGGCCACCAGCGAACGCCCGCUAGAUGAUCACAUGGUGGAGGUGGACAUGUACGCAGCCGGGGUUAACUUUAAGGACGUAGCUAUCACGAUGGGCAUCGUUCCCGAAGAUGAGCACCUACUAGGCUUCGAAGGCAGCGGAAGGAUACGCCGCGUGGGCAAGGCUGUCUCGAACUUCCAAGCCGGGCAGAGAGUCGCCUUCUUUCAAAAAGGGUGCUUCACCAACCGCUUCCACGUGUCCAGCUAUCGUGUUUGGUCCAUCCCUGACUCCAUGUCCUACGAGGGGGCGGCCACGCUUUCUCUCUGCUACUUGACGGCGCUGUACUCAAUCUAUGACCUGGCCAAUACGCAGCCGGGGCACAAGGUAUUGGUCCACUCCGCCUCUGGGGGUCUUGGGCUAGCCGCCAUCCAGAUCCUCAAGUAUAUCGGAUGCGAGAUCUUUGUCACCGUCGGCAAUCAGAGGAAACGAGAGCUCCUGAUGAAUGAAUGGGGCAUCCCUGCCGACCAUAUCUUCCACUCCCGCGACAUCUCCUUCGCGGCAGAUCUCAUGAAAGCCACUAACGGCUACGGCGCCGACGUAAUCCUGAACUCCUUGACUGGAGACCUCCUCGAUGAGUCAUGGCGAUGCAUUGCCGCGGGUGGUACGUUAGUCGAGCUCGGCAAGCGGGACUUCUUGGACCGCAAGGCACUAAGCAUGGAGCCCUUUGGCCGGAACGCGUCCUACCGCUGCGUUGAUAUGGGCCACGAUCAAAUUUCGGACCAGCUCCUAAAACGCCUCCUGCGACAAAUGUUGACUCUACUUGACGGCGGCCAUAUCAAGCCCAUCACUCCCAUGACAGUCUUCCCCUACCAGGAAAUCAACGCUGCGCUCCAGCACCUCCGCUCCGCUACUCAUCUGGGCAAGCUGGUCAUUUCUAGUGGUGGUGAAGGCAAGCCAUUCGAUGUGACGGUCCGGCCACGCAAACGAGAGAUCCGUCUUCGCAAAGACGUCUCUUACCUCCUUGUUGGUGGUUUGAAAGGUCUUUGUGGAAGCCUGGCAGUUCAUAUGGCUACUUUAGGAGCCAGACAUUUAUCUAUACUGGCUCGAAGCGGGUAUCAAGACGACGUCUCUCAACGCGUGCUUCGACAACUGAAAGCUCUGGGUUGCACAGUGGAUCUGCUAAGGGGAGAUGUGUCGUGUAAGGAGGAUGUAAAGAGGGAGUUCAAGAAGAUAAGCGUUCCCGUAGGUGGUGUCAUCCAGGGGGCUAUGGUUCUUCGAGAUCGUAUUUUCACCUCGAUGACAGUUGAAGAUUACACGCAGACUGUGUCCUGCAAGAUUCAGGGCACUUGGAAUCUUCACAACGUGUUGCUAGAAGAGGGCCAAACCGCCGACUUCUUCACUAUGCUCUCUAGUGUUUCUGGUAUCGUAGGAAACAAAGGCCAAGCUAAUUACGCUGCUGCAAACACCUUCUUGGACGCAUUCGCCGCUUACCGUCGAGGCCGUGGUCUCAAAGCCAACUCGGUCAAUCUCGGCGCCAUCCAAGACGUCGGCUAUCUGAGUCAUAACCAGGACAUCCUCAGCCACUUCGACGAUGACCACAUUUGGACGCCCAUUAACGAGCCGCUCAUGUUGAAGCUGGUGGAAUAUUCCAUCCGGCAGCAAAUCGACCCAAUGAGUACAGCCAGCGAAUCGCACCUCAUCACCAGUAUAGCUGUCCCGCAGCGGGAAACCUCCUUCCUCAUGAGAGAUGGCCGCUUCGGAACCUUGUGUUUUGGCGAUCAGAGCGACGGGGGCUCUGCAAAUGAGAAACACCAAGGGUUCCAGGAAGUUCAGAACCUGCUGUUGCUAGUAAAGAACAAGGCUAGCUAUAAUGCCGUACACCAGGCUGCUACAGAAGCAGUUGUUCAACUAUUUACCAUGACGAUGAACCUCAGCGAAAUGGCGGAGCCGACUCGCCCGUUGGCGAGUUACGGGCUUGACUCACUGGCUGCUGUUGAGUUUAGGAACCGGUUGCGGAUGGAGUUUAAGGUAGAAGCAACGAUACUUGAGAUUACAACCUCUGCAUCUUUAAGUACACUGUCUGAGAAGAUCGCUUCACGUAUGAUUGGAGUUUGA